UGUCUUGCUGAAAAUUCAUAGCUGCUGCCUAGAGAGUUAGUAUAUGUUGUUCAUGAAGAUCAAAACUUCAGCGACUACUCCUGAAACAGUAGGAUUGGAUAGAGAAACCUGAAGAAGAAGAAGAAGAAGAAGAAGAAGAAGAGAUAGGGUUAUGAGUUGAUUGAUGAUGAUUCAUGAGAAGGUUCUCGGAAAGGGUGGUGGUGUAGUUGUGAAUGUGAAGAAGGGAUGACAAAGUCUUCUCUGUCGCGGGCCCCACUCCUGCAACUGGUUUCCACUUUUUUCCAUUCAACGUUUUUCAAGUGCCUGCCUUCUUUUAUUGGCUUACCGUUACCGUUACCGUUACCGUUACAGUUACAGUUACAGACUUACAGUUAGAUAUCCCAUCCUAACACCGCCACUCCCAGCUUACACUCUUCCACUGUCCAGGAAUCACAGAACUUGGCCAUGAUUUCGUUGGUGAAGGAGCUAUGGAGAACCCUCCUCUUCGUUUUCUCAAUCCAAUUCUGGAGAAUGGGGUUGCUUUGGACAUUUUCCAUUGUCUUUUCUCAUUACCAAUUAAUCAAAGAUUUCCUCUGUUCCCAAAGACCUAAAUCAUAUUACAGAUGUUCUCCUUGUGUAGUCCCUGUUAGGCCCGUUGCUGUUGUCACAGGUGCAACAUCUGGCCUGGGAUUUUAUACUGCUUAUGAACUUUCCAAAGAAGGAUAUGUUGUUGUGCUUGUUGGGCGAUCGCAGCAGUUGUUGCUUGAGGCGGAAAGAAAGAUCAAAGAUUGGAAUAGAAAUGCGCACCUCAAAGCUUUUCAGGUAGACCUGUCAUCAGUUGAGUCAAUAAUAAUGUUCAGAAAGUCCUUGCAGCAAUGGCUGUCGGAUUCUGAUUUGCACAGCUCAAUACAACUAUUGAUAAACUCUGCUGGAAUACUUGCAACUUCACCUAGAAUCACAGCUGAUGGAUAUGAUCAGAUGAUCGGUACAAAUUACAUUGGUGCAUUUGUUUUGACAAACCUUUUGUUACCACUUCUCGAAAGCAGUAAUGUAUCUUCCAGAAUUGUGAAUGUCACAUCCUUUACUCAUCGAAAUGUUACUGAUAUGCAGGUUGAUGAUCGAACUGUAUCUGGGAAAAGAUUUUUGAGUUAUAUGCAAUAUCCAUAUGCAAACAUCUAUGAGUAUUCUAAAUUAUGCCUUCUCCUCUUCACCUUUGAGCUUCAUCGACAGCUUCGCUUGAGGGAAAAAUCUCACCAGAUCUUUGUUGCUGCUGCAGAUCCUGGAGUUGUACAAACGAAUAUUUUGAGAGAAGUUCCAUCUCUCCUUUCCUUGUUGGCCCACUUUGUACUGAAGCAUUUGGGCCUCUUGCAAUCCCCUGAAUAUGGGGUCAGUUCCAUAAUUGAUGCUGCCCUUGCACCUCCAGGAACUUCUGGAGCUUACUUCUUUGGGGGAAUAGGUAGGACUAUUGAACCUUCAAUACUUUCAAGAGAUGCUGGUUUAGCACUUAAGCUCUGGGAAACUACAAGUAAUCUGCUAUCGACGACCCCUUUUGGCGCUGAAGACGAUUAACCAGAUGUUAGCAUUGGAUCAUGUGUUAAGACGUAUAACAAAGUGCAGAUGUGGCACUUGCCUGAUGUAGAUUGAUAACCCGUUCUUCGAAUGAAGUUCUGUGGUUUUUGGCUCUUGGAAGCUACCACCAUUAUUCCUGAUGUGGUAGUAUAGUCCUUUAAAUGUGUCUAGCCACUAACACAAUGUUAGUAUUCAGUUUUUAAUUUAUCAGAUUGAAUGUGAGACACUUUUUUUUUGACAGUCUUGCACCCUAUAUUUAUAGUUCAUUUUCAAUGUGACUUUGUAUUUUGCAUGGCAUCUCAUAGGUCUGCUACAACAAUAUAGCAUACUUGUCGCACUAUCACAUGUAAUGUAAUUAUUUGAGGACUAUGCCAGCAAAGAAACUUAAAGGAACAACUAAUAAUGCAAUUAGAUCUUUUAUUUA